AGCCAUGGAGGUCCCUGUGGAGCCAGCUGUUGGAAAUAAGUCCUGUGGCUUGCCCACUGCCACAGAUCUCAGAGAGUCGCAACCGACACCAAAAAAUACAGUACAGAUCACAGUACUGACAGCACAGGACCUGAAAACUAUCAAAAACGAUGUGUUGGUUACUUUGGUGCGUGUGGAGUACAACGGAGAGAUCUUGGGAGACUCCUCCAAGACCAAUGUCUUCCCAAAUGGGACAGCAAACUAUAAUUUUGUGACCAGCUUUGAGUGCAGCCUCAAUGGUCCCAACUCCUUGGAUGACAUUGCGCAAAAACCGGUGCUGUUGACAGUGAUAGAAGUGUUGCAAAAGGACAAGAAACAGAAGGAGAAGACUGUGCCUCUUGGCCAAACUGUGGUGGACCUUCUACCUCUGCUGCAAGGGCAGUGUUCAUUUAAGGUCUCAGCUCCUUUGUAUGCAGUACCUGCCUCUCCAUUAGAAAGCCCCCAUCCUGAGACCAAGGGUGGCCUUGAAGUGACAGUGUGCACUGAAGAGCCUCUGGUUUCUGCAACGCAGCUUUCAAAUGGUAACCUCCUGAGUGUCACACUAGAGGCAGCUUAUUCUGUCCCUGAAGCAUUUGCUUCCCCUGGGCCCCUGCAAAACUACAUGGCUUGCUUGCAAGUACCGGCAGCUGGAGAGAAGGAAUUACCCAUCCUCUUCAAGAAUGGCAUCCUGAAACUUGCUGGUGAAAAAGAGCCAUUACCCCGGCCCAAAAAAUGGCCCCUUGCCAACGUCAUGGCCCCUGGUGCUCUGAGCAUACCCAACUCCUUCAUUGCUGGUGGUCCUUAUGAGGAUGAGGAUGGAGAGCUCAACACAAGAAAGGACAGGGAGUUUAGGAUCCAAGCAGAAAGCAUGAAGAGAAUCAUAUGGGACAUGGAAAGGCGCUGUUACCUGGAUCCUGCUGCAGUAGUCACCCUGCAGAAGCGCAUUGAGGAGUGCCAGUACUGGCCCGUGGAGAUCUGCAGGAUGUCUGUGUCCUCACUCAGCAGAAGGAAAGGUAGCAAAGCUGACAAGGGAGAUGAGGACAAGCAGAUUUUAUUCCAUGGUGUGGCAUAUGUCAACAUGGUGCCUUUGCUGUGCCCUGGUGUGAAGCAGAUCCGAGGUGCUUUUCGUGUCUUUGCCUACCAAGACAAGGAGGUAUUUGAGAAGACUAAAAGUCAGCACAGUGUUUUCCAGGAUCUCAGGUCACGUCUCAGUCUGACUGAGCUGUGGAUCCCAGGAAUUGGUACUCUCCCUUCCAAAGCCUUUUCCAGCAAGACUCAGAAGGAAGAUAAAGAGAAAAUCACCAAAGAUAAGGAUUACAACAAAAAGCUAUAUGCUGAGGCAGGAACGUUCCUGGUGAUGGAGAUAAAGCUGGACAAGGCCUUGGUACCAAAGCGAUUGCGAGAGGAGCUCACCAGUCGGGUCCAGCAGAUGAUUCCUCCUCGCCCUCCACUGCCUCCCCAGACUGCUGGAGCCAAGAAGGCUGUGGAAGAUUAUCACAGCCAUGUCACCAGCAUUGCUGUUGCCAUCCUAAGUGAAUACCACGAGCUCUUUGGUAAGCAGCUGCCUGACCGAGGAGCCAUAGACCACCAAACUCUGGAGAAACAGAAGCGUCAGCUAAACUUCGAGCUCAACAGCUCUGGGAAAUAUUUUGCUUUUGUGGAACAGCUCAAGUAUGCUGUAGUGAAGAUUGUGAGGGAGAAAUACCUGAAGACUAUGACAUUUGAAACCCAGGAGGAGCUCCAGGCAUUUCUCAGUGAGCUCUGCGUGUACCUCAUGGACGAGAUGCGUGUUGCCCUGAACCAGCUACGCUCUGAGGAAGCUGCUUCCCCUGCCCCUCUGUCCUGUGUGACCGAGGAGCAGCUCUGGCUCUUUGCUCAUGAAGCUGAAGUCAACAAGGACUAUAAGCUGGCAUAUCACUACUACCAGCAGAGGAUCGCUCAGGACCAGUGCAACAUCCAGUACUGGCUGGACUAUGGGGCGUUCUGCCUCCUGCUCGAGGAAACCACCAAAGCCCACGAGUGUUUCCGGAAGGCUCUUUCUCUGGACAUCCACCAUGUCCCAAGCUUGCUGCUCUGUGGGCUUGUGGCUGCUCUGCUGCAGCACUAUGAAGAUGCAGAGAUUUUCUUUGAGGAUGCCUGCUGCUUGGAGCCAUCCAGUAUCAUAGCCUGGACACUUUCAGGUUUGUUUUAUGAGCUGCAGAGUAAUAAUAUUCAGGCAGAAAUGUCCUUCCGUGAAGCUAAGAAGCUACUGCAAGCACAGGUCACCAAGGAGAGGAGCGUCCCUGAGGCUGCUGAGGGAGAAGAAAGGAAAAAGCACAUUUCUGCUCCAAAUAAAAUGCCCACUUUGGAACUACUGGAGACAUGUUUCCUUACAGCACCAUCCCCUGCUUCAGGACCUAGCCGACCUCCCUGUACAAUCUUCAUGAAGACAGUGGAGUUCCUGAUGAAAUUCAAUGCCAUCCAGUUCAUUCACAUGGCGCUUGCCCAUGAGCUGCUGAGCCUUCAGGAAGGUCCCUCCUCUGCCUACUACCUGGCGCUGGCCCAGACCCACUUGUUGAAGGAAGAUUUUUCCAAAUGUGAAGACUGUCUCUGCGAGGCUGUCAGGAUUGACUACAUGAAUCCAAAUGUCUGGGCUCAGAAAGGGCACCUGUGCUACCUGAAGAGGGACUUGGGCAAGGCAAAGGAGUUCUAUGAGCGAACCAUCAGUUUUGUGGAGGAUGCUGCAGAUAUGCACUUCGUCUACUUGCGCCUGGGCUCCAUCUACCUGGAAGAGAAAGAGUAUAGUCGAGCAAAGCAGACCUACCUGCUCGCCUGCAAGAACUCUGCGUCCUGUCUCACAUGGCUGGGGGUGGGAAUCGCCUGCUACAGGCUGGAAGAGAUGGUGGAGGCAGAGGAUGCUCUUUCUGAAGCCAAUGCCCUAAAUAACACCAAUGCUGAAGUGUGGGGAUAUCUCGCCCUCAUCUGUCUGCAAGGAGGACGGGAGUUGGAGGCAGAACAGUGCUACAAAUACACCCUUAAGGUUUGUGUCCGUACUGCUGUGGGGUCGGCAGGGCAGGCCCUGGGCUGGGGGGAGCGGGCAGGCAGCCGGCCUUUCACUGCGCCGAUGUGGGACAGCCGCUGUUCCUCGGAAGGUGCGGCACAGGACAAGCUGUCCCUUCCUGACCUCUUCCCGCGGCUGCUGCCUUCCCGGCGGUUGUCCUGCCUCAUUGUCG